UAUUUUUUUAUUACCUUACCGUGGAAGUAAUAGAGGUCUAAAACUACAAUGAAACCAUUUAUUUAUUAAUAUAUCAUAGUCUGAAAAAUCAAAAUAUUUACUUCUUUCAACGAAAUAUUCAUUGGAAGUUUCAACACAUUGAACUUUCAAUAUCACAUCAUGUCAACACCCGUAAUGAAUCUUCUUAACUCUCCCAUUCUUGGUAUAAAACUAUCAUUGCAUUCCUUCACACCCAAAAACAAAGCUAUCAACAACACCCACAAUCACAAUCACAAUCACAAGUCUCAUAUUAUGAUGCACAAACGUGUUAACUCAGACAAACUCAGCAGCACCAUGGAGUCUCUCCUCCCUGAUGAUGAUAACUUGGUGGAACCAACCACUAAACCAUGCUUAUGUGGAAGAAGACACUUCAUUGAAGCUGCUGCAACUACAACACUCACAGCCACACAGUUCCCAGUUCAGCCUGCCACAGCCACAAAUUUUGAUUCUGAUUACACAGCUUUGGUUAACAAGUUUCACCCACCUAAACCUGAUUGGUAUCAAAAGUUCAUGGCUUGGGCUCUGAAUUCAUGUACUAAAUCCUAUGAAGCUGAGGUUGCUCAAUACAAGUCUCAAAUAUUCAGUAACUUGAAGGAGAAGAAGGCUAACAAAAUCUUGGAAAUUGGCAUUGGAACCGGUCCUAACCUCAGUUAUUACACUAGUAAUUCUGAUGUGCAGGUUGUUGGCAUUGAUCCUAAUCCGGAGAUGGAAAAAUAUGCUCGAUCUGCAGCUGUAUCAGCUGGACUUCCACUCUCAAAUUUUGAGUUUAUACAUGCUGUCGGGGAGGUUAUACCAUUAAGUGAUGCUUCGGUCGAUGCAGUUGUUGGAACACUUGUAUUGUGUUCUGUUAAAGAUGUUGAUCUGACACUGAAAGAAGUGAGGAGGGUUCUACGACCUGGAGGAGUUUAUCUGUUUGUGGAACAUGUAGCUGCAAAAGAUGGAACACUUCUCAGAUUUUUACAGAGAGUUCUUGAUCCUCUGCAACAGACACUUGCAGAUGGGUGUCAUCUCUCUAGGGAAACAGGAGACAGUAUAUCAAAAGCUGGAUUUUCAAGUGUUGAGUUUGACACAGCAAUCUUAUCAAAUGCUACAUUUAUAAACCCCCAUGUAUAUGGAAUAGCUUACCAAUAGGAUCAAAAGAUUUCUUUUGAUCCUCUUAGUGUGCCAGUUUGGUUGGUUUCAGAAGGAUCAUGUGAAAGAUAUUUAACAGAGGACCAAAAUCAUAGAGAUGAAAAUAUAGCAUAUUUAUACAAUAUUAAUUAAUACCAUAACCGUGUACCUUGAAUAGCUGAAGAAUCCAUAGAAACUUGAAACAGACUUGAGAGAGUUUUGAGAGAUGUUUCUGCCGCCUUACUGAUGGAGCGUUCUUUUGUCUUCAGUGUGUCUAACCUAAUGAUAUAGUUAGAUUAUAUACUCAUCAGUGCCAUUUGAGGGGUCCCUGCCUCCACUGACGAGUAUAUAAUCUAACUAUCCGAUUAGGUUAGAUACACUGAAAACAAAAGAAUACUCCAUCAGUAAGGCGGCAGAAGCAUCUAUCAAAAACUAAUUCUCUCAAGUCUCUUUCAAGUCUCUAUGGAUUCUUCAACUAUUCAAAGUACAUGGUUAUGAUAAUAAUUAAUAUUGUAUAAUAUGCUAUAUUUUCAUAUCUAUGAUUUUGGUCCUAUGUUAAAUAUCUUUCAAUUGGACUAAUAUAUUUCAUUUAUAUUUUAAUAAUUAAUAAAAGUAAAUCCAAAAUGUUCAACAUCAUGGUCAUUUUAAGGGACAUUUAACUAGUCAUUACAUAAUCACUCUCAGACUCAGUCUCACUGUAAAAAGUAUAUGCUUUCAUCGUGUUGUUGGACAAGCUAGGCAUGUUUUGGUUUCACAAUCAUAAACUAAAUUGCAUAAAUAUAGAUAAAUUUUGUACAAUGUUAAAAUUGAUUAUGUAUGAUUCCAUUACCAUGUUAAUAUAGAGAUGUAAUUAUUGGUAACA